CGAGCUCUCUGCUAUCCUUCUCGCCUCGUUCCUUCUUCGCACCACGUUUUACCGACCAAGCUUUGCUCUACCAACAUAACCAAAAACUCAGUAACGCCACCCUGCCAUGCCAACCGCUGUCUCUGCCUCCGCUACGAACUCGCGCAAGCCCAUUGAACGAUCCCUGUCGAAUCCGGUCCCGAGGAAGCGGCGUGCCGUGAAGAGGAGAGGCCGGGCGAAGGAUGAGUUCGAAAGCGACGACGAAAUCGAACGGGAGGUCAGGACAGACUCGGAGUCCGAUGAUGACCACUCCUCGAUUGAUUCAGAGUCGGACUCAGAGUCCUCGUCCGACGAUCUCCACGCAGAUGCCCACUCCGAGGUCGUAACUCCUAGCACGACCCAAAGUCCCCCGCCCGUGGCGCGCGAAGGCCUGCCCCGCGGUCCUGCCAAGGAUCCCGCGGCGAGUCACACUGCCCUCUUCUCGGACACGACCAACUGGGCAGAGAUGGUAGCGGACGAGGCGACGAACGGGGCGUCCAGCUUGCCUGUCAUCGAUUUUGCUGACAUGGAUGCUGCCCGCCUUGAAUCCACCGCUCCACCUCCUGCCCCUGCCCCUCGCGCGCGCAAAAGCAACAAGUCCGGAAAGAAGGCGGCUGCCCGCUCGACCUCCGCUCCUCCCCGUCCCGAUCCUGUCCCUACUUCCGAAGCAGCGGUCUCUGAGGAGCCCGACGCUCGUGAGGAAGAGCCGUCCGCGUCCACUUCCCGGGAACCCGAGUCGUCCCAGUCCGCGCUCCCGGGACGCUCGCGCAUGCAAUCCGCCCGACAAGCAUACCAGCAACGCCUCGAACAGGAUCCCUCCUUCGUUCCGAAAGUAGGAGAGUUCUGGGGACAUGACGAUCGUCUCCUAGACAAGGAGUUCCGCAGCCUGAGCGGUUGGUGGCGUGGACGGUGGCAGUCUCGGGGCCGCGGUCGUGGAGGUUUCAGCCUCCGGGGUCGUGGUCGCGGUGGCUUUUUCCCUCCGCGCGGAUCGGGAUACGAGCAGGAGGACGGUCAGGUGGCCACCGAGCCCCCGGUUGAGGAGGUCCCUCCUGUGGAUCGCCAGUGGACUCAUGACGGGUUUGAAGAGAUGAAGAAACGGGAUGAACGGCGUCGCACGAUACAGGAGAAGCAGCAGCUGCCACCUCAAGCAGCACCCGCGCGUGGGUUCGGGUUCCGCAGGAGAGAUUUCGUCCCUGGGCGCGGGAGAGGUGGCUUUGGGCGUAGUGAUGCGAUAUCCCCACCGACGUCGCAGCGCCCAUUAUCAAGUGCAUCAAUGGGAGAACGCGUGUGGUAUGCGCAGAAGCCGGAACGGAUGUGGACAAAACAGAACGACAUCUUCCUGUACAACGACGCCGCUACCAAGCCGCGCCCAGGCGUGGGUGCCGGCGUCCGAGUUAAGCUUCCCGGCUCGAAGGACUCUUCCAUCGUUCGGCUACCCCCACGCAAUCAUACUCAUUCCUCCGACAAACACGAGCCUGCAUCAUCGGCUCAGGAUGAAGGGGAGAAGGCGUUCACCGUCCGACUUCCGCCCCGUGCUGGGAAGGAGAAGGCCGUCGAAGAGCCACCUGCUGUAGAGCCCGUGGCGACCGAGGUUGUUGCAACUACCGUGGAGGAGCUUUCCAUCGAGGAGAUAUUCACCGUCCGCCCCCACGUUGUGGCAAACCGCCGCGUCGAUCUCUUUGUUCCGUCGACGUCCGCGUCCGAGGACUGGCGGCAUCGUCCAAUGGUACCGGAGGCACCCUCACCAAUCCAACCAUCGUCAUCAUCCUCGGGUGCCACCGCUGAAGCCUCUCGCAAUGCCAUCGAGGACAUUCUAUCGACUACAUCCGUCGCCGGUGGCAGGACGUCGCCUAGUCCACAAAUUCAGGAGACCAUCCUACGCAAUCCGCCCACGUCGGAAGAGGAACCCAUCGGUGCCGUUCCCGCGCCGGUGGAGGAGCCGCAGCCACAACGUCCGAUACCACCAGUGCUCCAUCCCCUGCAGACCAGCUUUUCUCCCGUGCCGCCGACGUCGCCACCUUACGGAUCUCCGUACGGCUAUGCCCCCGCGCUACCACCUGGUGUUGCCGUCAAUCACCAGGGAAUGGCUUACGAGUACGCGACGGGCCGCCCUGUGUAUAUCCAACCAACCCCUCCGCCGAUGUUCACCCCGCGUCCGAUGAUGCACGGACAUCACCCAUCGCUGGGCGUUCCGUUCGUCCCGUCACACCUCCGCCACCAUUCAUCCGCUUCCCCCGAUUACCUUGCUCACCCGCAUCCUCCGCACACGCCGCCUGUCGCCUCGUUUGUCGACCCUGCGACUGGCGUCCCCAUCUUUGCGCCGGCACGUCAAACAAGUCGCAUCGAGAUCCGUGCUCCGACGGAUGCCUCUGAUGGCAAGAAGUCAAGACCGUCUCACCAGCGGAGCGGGCUCUCGACUUCUAGCAUCUCCGCCGCCGACGCCCCUCAUCAGCCCACCUACUUCCAGCCGCAGCCCUCAUACGGUAGCGAGCAGCCGUCCGCGGAGCAGGUGGAGGCUUCGCAGCAGCCUGCUGAGUACUCCCAGGCGCCACCGAUGGACCCCUCUGCGGCUUACGCCCCUUACCCCCAGCCGUACUACUACCCCGAGCAGUACGGCUACGCGCCAUAUGUAGACAUGUCGCAGCAGGUCAUGCAUUACGAUAUGUACCCUCCCGAGCACCACCCCUCCCACUCUCAGCCUGUUGUCUAUUACUAGCCGUCUCGCACUGUCAUCGUCCCUCUGUCCUACAUUUGCUCUAUCAUGUGCUGUUUGUUACACACGCUUGGACCCGCCAGGUCGCGUUUUUGUUCCCCCUGUCACGGUUGUUCCCAUUUCACCCCCUACUCUGCCCCCAUACGUCGCUACGACUCCCGCG